AUGGCUCAUUAUAAAGUGUUAUAUGGUUAUGAACCACCACAGUUGUUUUUCGAGUCAAUUGCACAAUCAAGUGUUGAUGUCGUUGACCAGUAUUACAGAGAAAGGCAGAUUAUGGCUAAGGCAUUAAAAGAAAAUCUUGCAAAGGCUCAAAACAGAAUGAAGAUGUAUGCUCACAAAAAGAGGAGUGAAAAAGAGUUUGAAGUAGGUGACUGGGUAUUCCUAAAGCUACAACCAUAUAGACAGACAUCUAUAGAUAUGAGGAGGAGUUUGGAACUAGCAUCUAAAUUUUAUAGUCCUUAUCAAGUGAUCCAGAAGAUUCGAACAGUAGCCUACAAGCUAGUUUUACCUUCCACGGCUAAAAUACAUCCAGUCUUCCAUAUUUCCCAACUCAAGAGAAAAGUGGGUAAACAUGUAGUUCCGGCUAUAGACCCCCUCCCCCCUUCCAUUUGCUCUUCAAAAGUCCAGCUUUUAGUUGAGCCAGUUGCUAUUCUAGACAGAAGAAUAGUCAAGAAGGGAAACAUAGUUUCUACUCAAAUUUUAGUGCAAUAG